GGUAUUUUUUAUUUUACCCAUUAAAAAAAAAAAGUUUCCUGAAUGCAACACGACGCAGAAUCUGUGCGUAUCUCUGCGUCUGACGUCACUCCCCUUAGUAACCCUCGGCGGCGUCUCCAGGAGAGAAGGCAACAAGAUGGGAUUGCUGUCCAUCCUGCGCAAGCUAAAGAGCACACCAGACCAGGAGGUGAGGAUACUGCUGCUGGGUCUGGACAACGGUGGGAAGACCACACUCCUUAAACAGUUGGCAUCUGAGGACAUCAGCCACAUCACGCCCACGCAGGGAUUCAACAUUAAGAGCGUGCAGUCUCAGGGGUUUAAACUAAAUGUCUGGGACAUUGGAGGCCAGAGGAAGAUCAGGCCAUACUGGAGGAACUACUUUGAAAACACAGAUGUUUUGAUUUAUGUCAUUGACAGCGCUGACAGAAAGAGGUUUGAGGAAACGGGUCAGGAGCUGGCUGAGCUGCUGGAUGAGGAGAAGCUGAGUGGUGUUCCUGUGCUGAUCUUUGCAAACAAGCAGGACCUGCUGACUGCCGCCCCAGCCUCCGAGAUCGCAGAGGGUCUCAAUCUGCACACCAUCCGGGAUCGCAUGUGGCAGAUCCAGUCCUGCUCCGCCCUCACUGGCGAGGGGAUUCAGGAGGGCAUGAACUGGGUCUGCAAGAGCGUCAACUCUAAGAAAAAAUAGCUUUGCUUGUAGUCUUCUACUAAUCAGGAGGACCAGCAGCAGCAGCAACAGCAGCAGCACACAUGCAUACACUGACACACAUUGCACCCUCCUGAGCCUUAGUACAAGGGAUAUACCUGUGAAUGUACACACACUACUAAUCCAACAUGGACUUGGACUUUUUAACCCCUCUGCAUUCCCGCAUCGCUGAUGUUUACUAAUCUCAGCACAUCUUCCUGUGCUGGCCUCUACAACGAGGAGGGGCGUUUGCCUUCAAAAGGGAACCCAUGCCAGAAAAUCGACCCCUUCCACCCCUCCACCGUCCGCCCACGUCACCAUCUCGGUCCAACCGCAGCCACCCAUCCGCAGCCUGUCACAGCCUCAAACAUUCCCAUUAAACUGCUGUCUUUCACUGGAAUUCCAACAUGUUCUUUAAGCUCUUUCACACGCUGUCCUGGAAACCACCCCCCCUCCCUCCAUCUCACUCCUAUGUCUUGACAGUUUUUGUUGUUUUUGGUUUUUCAUCAUUCCACAAAAGGCUGUAAAGCGCUUUUCCUGCUAUGGCUCUGUUUGAAGUGACGUAUAUUUUUGUAAUUGUCUUAUUUAUGGUGAAGUAGAGUGUAGAGCGCUUUUAAACAACAGCUCAUGCGGCGUGUGUGUGUGUGUGUGCGUGUGUGUGUGUCUGUGAUUUCAAGGAUGUUUGAGAAACAGUCCAACUCUCCCCACUACAGAUAAAAUAAUACUCUACAUGUUAAUAUGUAAAAAGGAGGCUGAAAUUAAAUGGUUACGGACAUUUUUCGAUCAACUGUAAAUAGCUCGGCUCUGUGUUCAUAUGUUACGUUAUGCACAUGUUAUAGAGUAUUUGUUACCCUGUUGUAGUCUAUAAUGUUUGCAUAUCUAAUGUAUGUUAGCAGAUCUGUAACAGAGGAAUAGGUACUGUAUGUCCCAGUGCAUUUCUAUGUGCAGGUAAUUCACUCCUUUUGAUAUUCUUGAAUGUAAUCUGUUCAGAGCUGAAAAUACUGUAUGUGAAUAAAAACACGAGAAAAUGUUU